AUGUUUCAAUUUCUAUCAGUCGUCAUCGAUUACUUCGCGCCUCUGUUUCUCGUUGUUUCGCCCAUAACCUCAUAUGCCGACCAAAUUGCGUCGAUACACCGGCGCAAGUCGAGCGAUGGCUUCUCCCUCGACAUCCCCCUGAUUAUGCUCCUCGCAUCCAUCCUCAAAGUCUUCUACUGGUUUGGAGCAUACUACGAUAAAUCCCUACUCCUGCAGGCAUGCCUGAUGAUCAUCGUCCAACUCGUCCUGUUGAAAGUGGCACUCGACAAUAAAGCGCCCACGGGCGUAAGAGAUGGAGUUGAGCACACUCCUUUUCAUGGCUACACGGCCUCCAGCGGCAUUCAGGAUCUGUUGGAAGGACGCAGGCCUUAUGAUUUCUGGCGUUGGGGCAGUUCCAAACCUUAUUUUCAGUUUCUGGCCUACUUCGCCGCAGGCCUUCUUGCCGUCCACGUCCUGCUCCCGUGGGUAUCGGGAUCGCCUGCGUAUAUCUCGUUGCUCGGAUAUGUUGGACUAGCCAUUGAAGCGAUCUUGCCGCUGCCACAGAUCUGGAAGAACCACAACGCGCGAUCGUGCAAGGGGUUCCGCCUUUCCGUCAUUAUAAAUUGGCUGGCGGGCGAUGCGAUGAAGAUGAGCUAUUUCUUCCUCAGCAGCCAGGUCGUGCCGUGGCCAUUCCGCCUGUGCGGAAUCUUCCAGGCAUGCUGUGAUUCCUAUCUCGGGUUGCAAUUCUACAUGUAUGGGGAGGGACCUACGAUUGGCGGCCCGGAUAUCCCCAUGAGCAUGACUGGCAAGACCGGAUUCUCGGGUUGA